AAUUAUUUGGAGGCAGUAUCUCGCAAAAAAACCUUGAGUUCGUAGCCAUUUUAUGCAUCCAAUUAGUUUCGUUGGAAUUCCAUCAAAUUUGGGAAAAUAUACGAUUUUGGUGUGUUUUUGUCGUUGAUGUGCGAUUCAUCUAUCUCGGAGGAGUGUAUAAAAAAAGAAAUUAUGUAUGAAAUAAGUUAAUUUGGGCGAAGCCAUUUCAUCUGAACCAUUGUGACAUCUUUAUUUUCCGCCCUUCCAACCGAGAAUAUCUGAUAUCCUUGGUGGUGCAGACGGGGUUUUCAGUUUAUUGAGAAGCCCUGGAAGGUUUAAAAGUUCAAACCAUGGGCAACAAUGCCGCUACGGCGAACAAAAAAGUCGAUUCAGCUGAAAGUGUCAAGGAAUUCCUCGACCAAGCAAAAGAAGAUUUUGAGGAGAAAUGGAAAAAAAAUCCGACAAACACUGCCAGCCUCGAAGACUUCGAUCGAAUAAAAACAUUAGGCACUGGUUCCUUCGGAAGAGUUAUGAUUGUACAACAUAAACCCACCAAGGAAUACUAUGCUAUGAAGAUUCUUGAUAAACAAAAAGUAGUGAAACUUAAGCAAGUAGAACACACUCUAAAUGAAAAGAGAAUUUUACAAGCCAUCAAUUUCCCAUUUCUUGUCAGCUUAAGGUUUCAUUUCAAAGACAAUUCUAAUUUGUAUAUGGUACUUGAAUAUGUACCAGGAGGAGAAAUGUUUUCUCAUUUAAGAAAAGUGGGCAGAUUUUCUGAACCACAUUCACGGUUUUAUGCAGCACAAAUAGUACUUGCUUUCGAAUACCUCCAUUACCUGGAUCUGAUUUACAGAGAUCUGAAACCUGAGAACUUACUGAUAGAUUCUCAGGGUUAUUUAAAAGUGACAGAUUUUGGAUUUGCGAAGAGGGUGAAAGGUCGCACCUGGACUCUCUGUGGAACUCCUGAAUAUUUGGCUCCUGAAAUAAUUCUCAGCAAAGGUUAUAAUAAAGCUGUAGACUGGUGGGCAUUGGGUGUGCUUGUGUACGAAAUGGCGGCUGGAUAUCCACCUUUCUUCGCUGACCAACCCAUACAAAUAUAUGAAAAAAUCGUAUCGGGUAAAGUUCGUUUCCCAUCUCAUUUUGGAUCUGACCUGAAAGACCUCCUCAGAAAUUUACUGCAAGUAGAUCUUACAAAACGUUAUGGCAAUCUCAAGGCUGGUGUCAACGACAUCAAGGGGCACAAGUGGUUCGCUUCCACCGAUUGGAUCUCUAUAUUCCAAAGGAAGAUUGAGGCACCGUUCAUACCUCGUUGUAAAGGGCCAGGGGACACUAGCAACUUUGACGAUUAUGAAGAAGAGCAACUCCGUAUUUCAUCCACAGAGAAAUGUGCUAAAGAAUUCGCUGAAUUUUAAAGAAUAUCAUUUCAUUUAUGUAAGUAGUUGUGUAAUUUCCUGAGGCUGUUAUUUCAGCAAUGCCAUAUGGCUUAUCCAGACGCUAUGCACUCUGUACCUUUUUUUUCCAGUUGAUGUGGCUCAUAAGAAUUAUUGGCUAGGUAGGUUUGAAGUAUUAGAAGUUAGGAAUAGAAUCUGUGCAUUAUAUUUUGAUUUGACUAUUAUUGUACAUAUUGUAACAUAGUAUAGGUUGCACUAUUUACAUUAAAUAGUGGUCAAAAAUACAGCUUUUUUUUCGACAUCAAAUCAUCUCAAAUAUCAAAUGUUCUUGCUUCAUGUUCAGGAUUGAUUCUAAAACCUAGCUUAACCAUUUGCUACACUACUAAAUUUUGUGGGAGAAAAUUUGUAGCUUUAAUGAUAAAUUGUCUCGAUGUUGAGGCGAAGAAAUCUAGCAUCAUGGAUUUUAUUAAAUUGGACCUGUAAACAGAUAUUUUACCUUUAGAACUGAAUCCAAGCGAAUCUUGACUUUCCUGAAAAAUGUUUGUCAUCUAAAUUCUACAUCUUAAGGUAUUAUUCACUUGAAUUUAUUUGUAAACUUAUUACAUGUAUGUAUAUCCUUCUCAAAUAGAAUAGUAAGAGUAUAGUCAUUGAUGAAGAAUCUUUGAAGAAUGGUAUGUAAUUAUUAUAUUUAUUGUUAAAAUAAUUCUAAAAGUUGUUUUCAGUAAUAUAUAUUUUUUUCAUUUGAA